GUGAGGGAAGGCGGUAGGAAGAGGCGCGGCGGGUUAGGAGCAGGGGAGUAGGGAAACGCAACCAAUUGCGAGUCGGGACGCCGGGGUGAGAGCGGGGCUUUAGGGCAGGAGCCAAUCGGGGGAGGCGGAGGGCGGCGCUAGCCAAUUAGAGGCCGCCGUCGCGGUGGGCGAGCCAAUCGCGAGCUGAGCAGAGGGGACGCCAGCCAAUCGGGGCGCAGCCAGCGAACAAAAGGGGCUUUCCAAGCCGCCGGCCCCUUUCCUGAGAACAAUUUCACAUGACGCAACGGUUGGAGGAAGAGGUUUGCGAACCGUAGCCGCCGCCGCCAUUUUGUGAGCGUUGAGACUGAGUCGGCGGCGGCUGAAGGAGCGGCAGCGCGAACGGCAGCACCACAGCCAGCGGGAGCCGCAGCCCGGAGGAUGCGGUAGAGGAGCCCAGCGGCAGCGGCGGGGGGGGGCGGCAUCGCUCGGCGGCGGCGGCGGCAGGGGAUCGCGGGGAGGGGGCUCUCGGUCGGUGGGUCGGGUCCUGGUGCGGGCCCCGGUCGGAGAAGCAUGUCGGCCCCGGAGAGCAGCGCUGGUAGCAGCGAGGCCCGGGAGGACGCGUGCCGCGAUUACCAGUCGUCGCUGGAGGACCUGACGUUCAACAGCAAGCCGCACAUCAACAUGCUGACCAUCCUGGCCGAGGAGAACGUGCCCUUCGCCAAGGACAUCGUCUCCCUGAUCGAGGCGCAAAUCGCCAAGGCUCCUGCAUCAGAGAAGCUCCCUGUUAUGUACCUUAUGGAUUCCAUUGUCAAGAAUGUGGGAAGAGAAUAUCUUACUGCAUUUACUAAAAACCUAGUUGCAACAUUUAUUUGUGUAUUUGAAAAGGUGGAUGAAAAUACUAGGAAAAGUUUAUUUAAAUUACGCUCCACAUGGGAUGAUAUUUUUCCUUUGAAGAAACUAUAUGCACUUGAUGUCAGAGUCAACUCAUUAGAUCCUGCUUGGCCAAUUAAACCUCUGCCCCCAAAUGUGAAUACUUCUAGCAUCCAUGUGAAUCCUAAAUUUUUAAAUAAAUCGCCAGAGGAAUCUACUGCACCUACCUCUGCUGUCACUUCUGGUGCCUCUACUCCUCCAGCUGUUCCUGAAAUACAAAAGAAUUUGACACAGGAGCAACUGAUAAGGCAGCAAUUGCUUGCAAAGCAAAAGCAGUUGUUAGAACUUCAGCAAAAAAAAUUAGAGCUGGAGCUGGAACAAACUAAAGCACAGUUGGCUGUAUCUCUUAGUGUUCAGCAAGGAUCAUCUACUAUAGCUUCAGUUCCAGCACCUUCCAAGCAGCACAUGUCUCCCACACCUCAUAUGACAGUUAAACCACCUCAUCAGACUGCUGUGCAAUCCGAAAAAAACAAACCAUCCCCAAGUCCUCCACUUCAUGAUCUCAAAAUAGUAAAUAGGGAUCCUCGACUUAAUAGGAUGGCUCAACAUUCUUCUCAUGCUAAAGAUCAAUCUCAUAGGAAAGAAUUUCCACCAAACACGACUAGUCAGUCUGAUACCAAGGCAAACAAAACAACACAGGCUGAAAAACAAAACUCAACAAAGCAAGAAAAAUUGAAAGCAAGUGAAAAAACACAAAAGAAAGAACUUGACCAGUCAGAUUCAAAAUCUAAAUCACCAUCCCCUUUGAAAAAUAAGCUACCCAAUGCUAAAGAUACUAAAACCCAGGAAUGUGAAAGCACAAAAGUAUCUGAAAUUAGUAAGCGGGAUCCAAGACUGAAAAGACACCUUCAAGAUAAGUCAGAGGGCAAAGAGGAGGAGGUGAAAGAAAAGCGGAGAAGUACAGAGAAAAAAGAAAAAGAGGAACAUAAGACAUGUGAACAUAGACCAGUAGGCAGCAGAAAUAAAGUGAUUAAUGGUGCUGUUCAGAAACAAGACACGACUACAGAGGAGUCAGAAAAACAGGGUGGAAAACAAGGGAGAUCAAGUAAUAGAAAACGGUCACGAUCACGCUCUCCUAAGGCACGGUCACCAUCUACACAUUCUCCAAAAAGACGAGAGAGGAGAUCACCCAAAAGAAGACUUAGGAGUUUGUCUCCCACUUCAUCAACUCCUAAAAUAGGAAAGAUACGUCAGAUAGGCCCUAAGCAGUCUCAUGUUGAAGAAGGCACACAAGCAGCAAGAGAUGAAAGAAAUUCUAAUAAGAGAAAUGUUAAACAAGAGGUGCGAGAUCCGAGGAGAGUGAAAAAAGCCCAAGAAGACAGGCCCCAAGAAGUGGCAAGCCAGCAUUCUACAAAAGUGUCUCCUGAUCCAAAGGAGAAUGCAGAAAAUUGGCAAGGAUCCAAAUCAGGCAAGAGGUGGAAAUCUGGUUGGGAAGAAAAUAAAAACUCACAGCAGAAUGAAGAACACCAAGCACUUGGUAAAUCCCCUCACCAAAGACACCGGGAAAACUGGCCUGCUGGCAAAGGAAUUUUAUCACCCCGAGCACCAAAGCAGCAGCACCGCUUAAGUGUGGAUGCCAAUUUACAGAUCCCCAAAGAAUUGACAUCUGCAAGCAAGAGGGAAUUACUUAAGAAGGCAAAUGAACGUUUAACAUCUGGUGAAAUAACACAAGAUGAGUUCCUCAUGGUAGCUCAUCAGAUACGACAGCUGUUCCAAUAUCAGGAAGGAAAGCACAGAUGUAAUGUCUGGGAUAACCCUACAGAAGAAAAAUGUGGUUUGAAGAAGAAACCUCUUCUAUCGGAUGCAGAACUAACAUAUUAUGAACAUAAGGCUAAACUAAAAAGAACACAAGUUCAGCAUUCAUUGUCAAGGCUUGAUCUGUUGGAUCCUGAUGAUAUUUUGGAUUAUCAUAUACCUGAUGCAUUGCUUUCUGGAAUAGAAUGUGAGCAAGCAAAAGCCAAGCGUGGAGUACAGUUCGACAGAAAAGAACCAUUUGGAGAAAGAUCAAGGAGACACUCUCCUGUAAGUGGCACUAACAGACCUUUUGCCGAUAACCUCUCACCACUUGAGAGUCGACGAAGACUUGAGGAACAAAAUGCUACUAAAGGAGCAAGAGGUUCUAAGAACUUUGAUCCGUACGACAGCUGGGGAGAGUCAGAUGAAUUUAGAGAUGCUCUCAGACAACAGGGGAAAAGCACAACAGAGUUCCAGAAAAUAGACGGUGAUGCAAUCUGCAGAUUUGAUAAUCGUGAAGACAGACAGCUUCUUGGGCAAGCUGGUGUUCGAGAGGAACCAAGAUCACCAUUCAGUGAACGUUUCAAAAGAACUAGAUAUGAAGAUCCAGAGAAAGCACCGUUUCCAGAAAGUCCAGGAUCAAGAUUUGGAAGCAUUGAAGCAAAGCAGAGGAUAAGUGCACUAAUGGAAGACAGACCUCUAUUUGAUGGCUCACCUAGACAGGCUGCUGCAAGGGUUGGGGUAGAUGGACAAGGAAGUCCUUUUGUUGAUGGUCCUGCUGCUGGUUCAAGUUCCAGAAUUGAUGGGCCACCUGGACAGGCUGCUAUGAGAUUUGAGGGGCCUUUGGUGGGGGCUGGUGCCUCUCAGUUUGAUGGACCACUAGCAGGAGCAGGGGGAGCUGGACCCCUAAGAUUUGAUGGGCCACCAGGGCAGCUGGCAGGGGCCCUGAGGUUUGAAGGACCCCCAGGACAAGUUGGUGGAGGAGGUCCACUGAGGUUUGAGGGACCUCUUGGGCAGAUAGGUGGGCCUUUGCGAUUCGAGGGGCCUGCAGGGCAGCCUGUAGGUGGUCCUAGAUUUGAAGGACCUGGGGUUGGUCUCAGGUUUGAGGGUCCCCGUGGUCAGCCUUCAGGUGGUCUCAGGUUUGAGGGACCUCACGGUCAACCUCUGGGGCCUCGAGGUCAACCAGGGGGUGGUCUCAGGUUUGAGGGACCCCAUGGUCAGCCCUUGGGGCCUCAUGGUCAACCAGGAGGUGGCCUCAGGUUUGAGGGGCCACAUUUACAGCCAUUGGGGCCCCAUGGUCAACCUGGAGGUGGCCUCAGAUUUGAGGGGCCACAUGGUCAGCCUAUGGGGCCACAUGGACCAUCAGGUGGUGGGCUCAGGUUUGAGGGGCCACAUGGACCAUCAGGUGCUGGGCUCAGAUUGGAAGGACCACAUGGUCAGCCAGGUGUGGGUCCUAGGUUGAUUGAUGGACCAGUACACCAGGGAGCUAGUGGACUUAGAUUUGAUGGUCCUCUGGGUCGGGCCGGUCCGAGAUUUGAUGGUUGUCACGCAGCUGGAUUUGAUGGUCAGCCUGGACAGCUGUCUCUCUUGCAAAGAUUUGAUGGAAUUCAUGGACAGCCUGGUCCAAGAUUUGAAAGGGCACCUGGCCAGCAGGCACAACCACGAUUUGAUACAGCCAUACCUCAAAGAUUUGAUGGACCUCACCAGCCAGCCUCUAGAUUUGACUUGCCCCUUGGCCUUCAAGGUGCACGUUUCGAAAAUGUAGCUAACCAUCCUGCCUCAAGACUAGAAAUGUCACCAUACGGACAAGGUGGUCCGUUUGUUGAUCAUCCCGGCCAGGGCUACAAUGGACCAUCUCAUGGGAUGCAGUUCCAGAGACCUGAUAUAUUUGAUGGUUCGCCUGGACCAAAUUUCAAUGGACCAGCUGGCCCAGGAGCACAGAACUUCCCAUUGAGAGCUGGACAUUACUUUGAUGAAAAAAGUCUUCAGGGUCCUCAAUAUGGAAACUUCAAUAAUAUGCCAAUGGGAAGUAAUCAGGUUUCUCUCAUGUCUGCUCAACCAGGGCCUUAUGGCCAAGGUCAACAGUAUUUGCCAAAUCCUGGAAGUUUUGUUCAGAACCCUGCAGGAGCCCUUCCACAUUCAUAUCCUGAUAACCACCUUGGACAGCUUGAUGUCAAUGAAUUGUUUGCUAAACUGCUGUCAACAGGGAUCCUCAAACUGUCAAAAACUGACUCCACUUCAGCACAAGUGAAUGAAACAUCAGCCCAGCCAGCUGCUGAAGAGGAAGAUGAUGACCAGAAUGAAGAUCAAAAUGUUCCAGACCUCACUAACUUCACAGUUGAAGAACUUAGACAGCGUUACGAUAGUGUUAUAAAUCGACUGUACACUGGAAUUCAGUGUUACUCCUGUGGAAUGAGGUUCACUACUUCACAGACAGAUGUUUAUGCAGAUCAUUUAGAUUGGCAUUAUCGUCAGAACCGGACAGAAAAAGAUGUUAGCAGAAAAAUUACACACAGAAGAUGGUACUACAGUUUAACAGACUGGAUUGAAUUUGAAGAAAUAGCCGAUCUAGAGGAGCGUGCAAAAAGCCAGUUUUUUGAAAAAGCUCAUGAAGAGGUGGUGUUGAAGACACAAGAAGCUGCGAAAGAGAAGGAGUUUCAGAGUGUCCCUGCUGGACCAGCUGGAGCAGUUGAGAGCUGUGAAAUUUGCCAAGAGCAAUUUGAACAGUAUUGGGAUGAGGAAGAGGAAGAGUGGCACCUGAAGAAUGCUAUCAGAGUAGAUGAAAAGAUUUACCAUCCAUCUUGCUACGAAGAUUACCAAAACACAUCAUCGUUUGAUUGCACACCAUCUCCCAGCAAGACUCCUGUAGAAAAUCCACUAAAUAUAAUGUUGAACAUUGUUAAACAAGAAACACCAGAGUCCUGCGACUCACCUAAAGUCAAAGAAGAACCUGAUGACACCCCUACUGCCUGUGCAGAAGAGAGCACACCUGCAUCUACAGAUAUCAAGACAGAACCUGAUGAGUCUGUUUAAAUGAACUGAGGUAUGAAUUCUUUUUUUUACAGAAGAGCUGCUGUGUUAACUCUGGAAGGCAAAUACUUUUUAUAUGAAAUAAAAAUGUUCAACUGAGGCAGGGCCUCAACUACUGUUUGGUUAAUAAAUACAUUUUUGUAUUUGAAUUUCUUAUUGCCUGCACAGUUUCAGGUGUCAUUGUGUGAAAGUUCUGUAGAUGCGUGAAAAUUUAAUGGAAUGAAAUGGUAUAUGUAAAAAUGUACGAUUUUCACUUGUGGAAAUGUAAAUUAUAAAUAAAAGAUAUUUUUGCUAUAUAUGGAGUGUAAUGUUUAUGCACACCAUCAAAUGAAGUGUUUCUGUACUUUUUUCAGUUGAAAUGGAAUUAAAAAGAACUUUUGCUCAAUAAGAUUCAGAAAAAUGAAAGCAAGUAACUUCUUCCAGUUAUCCCAUAGGUGGGUUAUCAAGGGAAGCAGUGCAGGAACUUCUCAGACAGACAACCGUACAUUUAUUUUCUUUUUAAACUUAUUUGAACAAACUUACAUAUCCAGAUAUUUUAAAAAAAACAAAAAACCCAACAAAAAAAAAACAAACCAAAAAGACAGUUCUGGGUAGAAGGGGAAAAUUUAACAAACCAACUGGAGUGCUUGAUUGUGAACACAAGUGCCAACAAACAAUUAACAAACCAGGAUGCCUGGUAGUUAAGACAUUUUUAAUGAUUUUUUUUUUUCCAUUAGUCAAACAUAAGAAUUUAAUACAGCUGAACAAACUUUUCUUUACGUUACAGGGGGGAAUGAAUGUAAGAAUGCUCAUUUGAAACAUGGUUAACAGGUUUUUUUUGUUGCUUAUGACUGGACUUAGAUGGUAAACCAGAUAUCCUGAGAUGUUAAUAUUUCUUAAAUGUAAUAAAUAAAAUUAAGCAUA